UCCUUACCAUCGCUCAUGUGUUGUGGUGUGCUGUAUUCCCCUGCAGUGGGAUGGGUGGUUGCUGCUCCAGAUAUCGGCCACUAUGAAGUCUACGAUGGCAGGCGGGUUUGUCUGAAGGCGCAGGCGGCUCUGCAGCUGCUUGUGAACAACACCAACGGUCUGGGCUUCCUGAAGUUCGACAUCAAUCCGAAUGUCACCAAUGCCAGUGGUGCUUGUCUAUCCAGUACCUCCACGCUGAAGCUCCAUUUCAAAGAGGGAUAUGUCUUGUUCACUUUUAAUAAGGUGGACAAAAGUGCAUUCUUGGAAUCUGUUACAGCUAAACUGUCCUUACCCCCUGCAGCCCACGUUUAUAACGAUACCUUCCACCCCAAGAUCCCUCUAGCACCAUCCAACGAAUCGUUUGAGUGUCACUCCCGGAACACGGUUGUUCUUGGAAUGGCUCUUAGUCUAGUCGCGACAGACGUGCAGGUGCAGCCUUUCGGCAUCGCCAACGGCACCUUCUCACCAGGCGCGAGGUGCUCGGAGGAUGUCACCAUUCCGACCACCCAUACCACGCCGCCGCACAACCACACCACGCAUGCGCCCAAACCGACAAAAUCCCCCGCCCCUCCCACUCAUCAUCCCACUCAUCAUCCCACUCAUCAUCCCACUCAUCCUCCCACUCAUCCUCCGCCGUCACCACCGUCGGCGCCUUCCAAGGGCAACUACAGCAUCAGCCAAGACAACCACACCUGUCUCAUUGCCGUCUUGGCCCUGCGCUUCAACGUCGAGUACAUGAGCCAAAGCACCAAACAGGUCGCCCAUGGCAUAUUCAACGUGGAUCCCAAUAACACCAAGGCCACCGGCCAUUGUGACCCCAUCUCGCCCAUGCUGAACCUCACGUACCCCGAGGGUUAUCUGAAUUUCACAUUCGCCAAGAACGAGAGCAAGUUUUACUUGCAUAAGCUGGAGGGCCAGCUCCAGUAUGCUUUCCCUGACGCGGCGCCUCACGAGACAUACAUGGGAGCCAACAACUCGCUGAAGCUGUUCCAGGCGAGCGUGGGCAACUCGUACGCGUGCAUGGCGGAGCAGUACGCGGUGGUGAACAGCACCGUGAACCACACCGUCCGGGUGGUUAUCUCGCAAGUCCAACUGCAGCCCUUCAACGUCACCAGCUACAACUUGUCUACAGCCGAGAAAUGCUCGCAGGACACGGACAACAUGCUCAUCCCCAUCAUCGUGGGCUCCGUGCUGGCCGCACUCGUGCUCGUCGUACUUGUGGCCUACAUCAUCGGAAGACGCCGCAGCCACUCCGGCUACCAGUCCAUCUAGGCCUCUCUCCAUCCUCGCCACCCUCCCAGCCAAUCGCCGCCCUGUCCCCUCACCACCCGGCGGCCCUACCUCCCCCUGCCCUGUCUCCUCACCACCCAGCCCUAACUCCCCCUGCCCUGUCUCCUCACCACCCAGCCUGACCUCCCCCUGCCCUGUCUCCUCACCACCCAGCCCGACCUCCCCCGCCCUGUCUCCUUACCACCCAGCCCUUUCUCCUCACCACCCAGCCCGACCUCCCCCGCCCUGUCUCCUCACCACCCAGCCCUACCUCCUCACCACCCAGCCCUGUCUCCUCACCACCCAGCCCUGUCUCCUCACCACCCAGCCCUGUCUCCUCACCACCCAGCCCUACCUCCUCACCACCCAGCCCUGUCUCCUCACCACCCAGCCCUACCUCCUCACCACCCAGCCCUGUCUCCUCACCACCCAGCCCUGUCCCCUCAUCACCUAGCCCUGUCUCCUCACCACCCAUCCCUCUCUCCUCACCACCCAGCUCUGUCCCCUCAUCACCUAGCCCUGUCUCCUCACCACCCAUCCCUCUCUCCUCACCACCCAGCCCUGUCUCCUCACCACCCAGCCCUACCCUCUUCUGCCCUCGCUAGCCAGAAUGUCUUCUGAGAUUGGCUGUGCAGCCUUUUCCCCACGGUCCUGUUAAGACCCACAGCCCACUCAGAUCUAAGAUUCAGACAUUUCUGGGUAAAAGUUUUAAAACGUUUUCUUCUUCCUAAGUGGGCCUUUUGACGUUAUAGCUCUUGUCAAGUUUAUUUGUUUAAUCGGGUGAGAACCACGAGACUAUGUAUUGUUUGCAUUUUCUCUAUGCAUAUAUAUACAUCGGUUGACUUAUGUUCUACCACAACCAACUGCUAUUCCUUCAAUAUGAAUAUUUCUCCAGAUCUGAGUGGGCCUGUUAAGACUCAUCUGGUGUGAAGCAUUGCAGGAGAAUGCCGUGGUAGAUGCAUGUAAACUAGAACAAAAAUAGUUCCCAGGAAACAAUAACUUCUGCGUGUACCACGUGCUGGGCUCGCGCACCGCUUCCAACGCGAGGCCGUGGAAAUCAGAGCCACGCAGCCUCGACUGGAUUAGCUGCUUUUUCCCCGAGGCCGUGGCGAUCUUUACCAUGUCGCACCGAUCGCUCUGUCGUUCACCGAGCUGCCGUUACCAAAGGCAAUUGGCGGUCGGUCCACUAUAUUGGCUCGGCCUCACGGCGGCACGCUUUCAAUGAGAUGCGUACGAUCGCGUUCGCCGGCCUCGACUCCGAGCGGAAAGGUGUACCGGGCGUUGCGCUCGCGGCUGCUACGAGCCAGGCCCGGCUGAUUAGGAGAGCAGCAGCAGCAGCGUCCCCUCUGAUAAGCGGCUUUGACAUCUGUCUACUCAAAACCUGCUGGUAGCUGCCGGAACGAUAGAUCACUGGACCACGAGUGAACCUCGUGCCCUGACGCUUACACUUGGCCGACACUCAAGCCAACGCCGAUUCCCGGUGCAAAGCUCGACCUUACGUGCUGCCCCCCACCGUGCUGCCCACUCGGGGCAGCCGUGCCACCGCACCGGAGGUCCACAUGCACGAGGAUGCAUGCUGCUUUACCCCAUCGAGUCAGCCUGUGGAUGGGCCAUCGGCCAUUUGUCUGAAGGCUUGCUUGAUCGCAGGCAUUCUCGAAAUCGGUGGUCCUGCGCAGCGAUUGGAUGCGAGCUGUCUGCUCUGAGAGCUCCUUUGGCUGAGGGGCCUAUUGCAGGCGUAGGCGAUGAUUGUGAUCGUACUUGCCCACCCACGGAGUCCAGUGAUGUUCCACCGAGCGACGGCGCUACCCGGUCAAGGCUGCGAGCAACAGAACUCCGUUGCGUCUGCGAGCCAAUGGGGAGUUAUAUAUAAGCGAACCACUCAUGACAGCAUGCCGCUUGCGACGCUAAGCUUCAGCACACUGUAAUUAUAACAUAGGACGUCUGAAAUUAAGCUGCUAACUUUCCUCAAAUUGUAAAUGAUGGGGAUGGCUGUGCAGCACACACAUCGGACCUGCUCUGUUUCACUAGACUCGUGCAAGAUGAAUGCAAAUACUUUUGACCAACCCGAACAUAAGGCGACUCACGCUUGCUGCGACGCCUAGCAUUGGAAGGCACAAGGCUGGAACCUGACCUGUACCCAUUCAGCCUAACUUCACCAUCAAGCUCGAAUCGCAUUGAUCCAACCCAUGUUUAAUGGUUCAUUGAGAGCAAAGUGAGAAGGAAGGUGGUGGUGGUGAGUGCCGUCCGUGGUGGUUGCCGUGAGUUGACGCCGGCCCAACGGCUUCUGAAUUAUUUUAAUGUGCGGUCGUGGCAUGGGCGGCACUUGGGCUAAAUUAGCCUCUUGAUUCGAGAAUACGUGGUCAGCUUGUGUACGUUGGUAAUGUAAAUUUUCUGCACCGAUCUGAGGCCUGCGUUCGAAAUGACGAGGGGCAAUAACGGCAAUGAGUCGAGCAAGAAGCUCGCCGUGACGAUUCUCGCGUUCGCAUCGCCGAGCAGUUGGGGGGGGAGAGAGAGCGUGAGGAUGGGGCCCGUCGUGGCCUCGCUGCACGGUGCCCACUCCACCCCAGCUCCGCUCUGCGACGUGAACACGGCGGCGGGGAUGAGUUGGGGCUCGUCUGGGCCACCUUCGCUCAAACGUCGUGGGCGCUAGGACCAGCGUGGUCACGAAGUACGUCGGUGUACCCUACACGGGUAUGUGGAGUGGCCACGAGUUUAAGGAUAUAUUGCUUGAAUAUACAGCGGAGCACGUGUGGGCAGCAUGGCGAGUGCGUGGGCGCCGUGAAGGGUGACGCAAGCUUGUGGACAGCUAAACGCCCUUUGUCAUAACCAUGGAAACAAAAUUGCUCUUCCGGGGUCGUUGGUGAGUUAUGUGAAAAUCUAUCCUUGCACUCGCGGCAGUUUGCACCCGCACUGGGCAUCGGUAAGCGCGGGAAAUCGCUUCUCCGUGGGUACCAACACGUUGUUUCAGGGGUGGGCUUUGUUCCAGCCACCGUUUUGAUUGUCGGCAGUGCCUUGCAGCAGGUCUUGCGGUUUCCCCCCCCCCCCCCCCACUGAUCACUGUUCACCGUGCCCACCGAGGUAACGCGAUGAGCUCUCCCUCGUCACCACCCUGCCACGUGGAGCCGGGCAGGGGGGGUCGGGUCACUUUAACCCUGGAAGUGCCGCCCGUUCAAAGCGUCUCCACCCAGACGUGGAGACUGUCAUGCUCUUGGUGGGUGCAAGGUAUAAUAAUUCAAUGUUAUGUAGCGUGGUUCGUGGAGAACUGCAUCUCGCAUUGCCGUGCAAGACAACCGCAAAAAUAUUGCCCCGUGCAAAUACAUGGCGCACCCUAACCUGGGUCAACUCAAGGGCGUAGUAAACAAAAGGCGUUUUAAACGGGACUAGAGGAAGGGACUUAAGUUGACCAAUGUGGAGCAGUUGUGCGGGCCACACAGUGGAACGCCACCUCCGAGUAGCACGGUUGGCUACGUGCGGUGGGACAAGUCCACCAUACAGAUGGGAAGGCACUGCCCACUCAAUGUCUUGCAUUUAAUUGUAGGCGGAAUGAAGCGGCUCCAUACUGGCGGAACGAAGUGUACCCUGGUUGGGAGGGAAGAGAGAGGCAUAGGCUGAAGGGAGGAUCUAUACCACUCCGGCUACCCUCGGCUACGGGGAACAUUUAGAAGCAACAAGUUGAACGCUUGGCACUGGUAAAAAAUCGAUUGACGUGUUCCUUGGCCUGGUCGUGUUUCACGUGAACACCGCUCCUGUCUUUGAGCAGCAACGAGUCGUAUGAUGUUGACAAGCAAGUUGCGCUUUCACAAUUCUUUAUCGGCACUGCUGCAACGCCCUCCCCGGUUAUAAAACAACAAUAACGUUCGUCAUGAACGUCGUGGCCUCUCUGGUGAAUUGCGUUCGUAGUCCAUGAGCGGGAAGCGAUGCAGGCGGGUAACCACCGAGGGACAUCUUCCAUUUCAGGGGUUGAGCGAGUGCUCUGGUCAACUCCUCCGGCAGUGUCUGCCCGUAGCGGUGUAACAACCGGGGCGUUGACCGAGGUGCACCACAUCAUUAUUAUGAACCCAUCGCCCCAAAGGGAAUUGAUUGUCGCGUGGGAGCAUUUUGAUAAAUGUGUUUGGUUUUGAAAUGGAAAACAGCUGCAUUUACAGUACUGACGUUACCAAUAAUACCGAUGCGAUGUGUGAAAUGUUUAAGCAUAUUUCGUAAUCGGGUGAGGUGGGUUUGUUUCCAAUUGCUGGGUGAUUUCGCGUGGCUUUUUAAAUGUUAUAUUUGUUGUGCAAAACAUACGAGAUUCUUUAAAUGCACUAAUCGCAUUAAGUAUAAGUUGAGGGCCUCUGUACGCUGGUGGAGUUUUUACCCGACUUUAGUGUAAGGAUACAAUAAUUGGGGCUAUAGGUUGUGUAAGCCAUGAUAGGGCCUUAGUUGUUUUGCUUUCUUAGUUUAGCAUGGCUUCCUGUAGUCUUGAUAAUUUUCAAUAAUGUGUAGGAAGCAUCUUUCCCCGCGCACGAUGCGUCCCCUCCACCUGGUUCACGAGCACGCAGCUGUGCCGGCUCGCUGCCUGUAAACAGCUCCUGCUGCUGCUACUGCCGCUGUCACAAAUAUGCAACGUCCACCGCUAGACCCUUGCACACCCAUAAUUGCGUGUGAACGGUAGAUCAAGUCUGCCGGUGAUGUUGACCUACCCUGAUGGACCCCUCUUGCCCCCACCGUGAACCUAUGUGGUUUGGUCUCCCAAUUGGGUGUGCGACUUGACUGUAGUACUACUUGCUCUGGCUGUAGUACUACUUGCUCUGGCUGUAGUACUACCUGCUCUGGCUGUAGUACUACCUGCCCUGGCUGUACUACCUGCCCUGGCUGCUGUGUCAAAGUGGUGGAGUCUCCUUCAGCUCCUUAAUCCGUGGUGAUGAGCACUUGCCGUUCCCAAAAAUCCCACGGCAUUGUGAGUUUUAACCUAAAUGAAAUCCCACGACGGUGGAUGUUAACCUUAAUUAAACGGGCUUUAAACGCUGACAAAAUACAGCAUUUUCUCCCUUACUGCUUUCGAAGGCUUUGUAGCUUAAUGUUAGACCGAUGUUUAAUAUUUUUAGGGGGUUUUCUUUUAAAAAGGGAUUUUUUUUAUUAGUUAUUCCUUGUCUGUAGAGACGCUGGUUUAAUGUAACUCAGAAGCACCAACGCGUCGUAGCCACUUCUCGCCACCACUGCGAGCAGCUGGUGCUGGCUGCUCUUUCUCUGAUCACCAGAUCGAGAUCCGUGCCGCACUCCCGUUCUGAAGCUUAUGGCCACCCUCCAAUUUUGCUGUACAGCUGCCAUAGUGGUGUAGUGGAGCGUAGACUGGAUUUGCAAACCAAGGGGGUCGUCGGUUUGAUUCCGUCUUCCGGCACUGCUGUUUAAUAACAGUGCAGCAGCAAGUUUCUCAAAUCCCUGUGCUUCUGCCCACCCAGCAAGAGCGUCAAUUGGUCAAGUGUAGGUGUGCCCACCUCCUCCUACACAUUUGGUCGUCUUCGCUUUCAUGGGAGGAUCUUUUGCCAGCAUUGGCAUAAUAAGCAAUUGCAGGGCCGAGCCUUUACCAUUUUGGCUUUACCACUUGAAUCAUUUUAGGGAAUGCCGGAGGGGAGAUGUUGCUCCGCGUGUGAUGCAUGCUUUUUUGGAGCAGGAUGAGUUCCUUUCUCUCUUCAAAUGUAACCUGGACAUUGUGACACUGCAUGGCUGGGACUGCUUCCUUCCCACCCAUUCCCAGAGUUAGGUGGUGGCUCGCUGACAUUGGAUGUGUACACCGUCAUCUUGGCAAUUGUGGGGUGAAGACUAGCUGCAAGUGGCAACAUGCUGGCUGGUCUGGGUGGUUAGAACGUGCUACAAAGGGACUUCAGUUAUUAUUAACGGGUUUCUAAUUUGUGUGUAUUGUUUUAAUUGGCUCUCUUGAAUGUGCAGGUUGCGUUUGGUAAUAAAGACUUCUGGAUUUGACAA